AUGGGGAAGAUCAUCUUCUAUGAAGACAAUGACUAUGGUGGCCGUCACUUUGAAUGCAAUGGUGACUGCACAGACAUGCUCGGCCUUCUCAGCCGGUGUAACUCCAUCAAGGUGACAUGUGGAUGCUUCAUGAUCUAUGAGAAGCCCAACUACACUGGCCAACAGUACUACCUGUGUCGAGGAGAGUAUCCUGACUACAAUCGUUGGAUGGGCACAAAUGACAACAUCAACUCAUGCCACAUCAUCUCCUCGGUGCCUGGAUCCUACAACAUGCGUCUCUUUGAGAGACUAGAGUAUGGUGGGCAGAUAAUGGAUCUGGUGGAUGACUGUCCCAGCGUCAUGGAUCGUUUCAACAUCAAUGACAUUUUCUCUUGCAAUGUGAAAGGAGGAAACUGGCUGUUCUACGAGCACCCAAACUACAGGGGGAGGAUGUACCUUAUAAAGCCUGGGUAUUACAGGAGAUUCAGCGAAUGGGGCGGCAGGAGUGCCAGAGUGGGUUCUAUUCGACGAAUCAUGGACUACUAA